GCAGCGGCUUGCAGCAUGCCUGGAUCUAUACCGUUCUACCAGAAGCACCACCGCCACUACGACCGAGGCUACCGUAGCAAGGAGACGGAGUCUAAAAUCAGCCAGUACCAGUCCAGCAGCAGCAGAUACGUUGCUGGUAGCAGCAGCACCUCCGCCACCAGCAGGAGCAGAGGACUUCGAGUGUCUUCACACUCUGGGUUGGAAGAGAGCAGACUGAGCCCUGUACCCAAGAGAGCCAAGCCAACUUACUUGGCUGUGGAUAAAGAGAACCAAAUCAUCGGCUAUGUAGUGCCUAUCUUCAGGGGCAGUCAAGAGUUUGCUACAGGAUUUUCGGAUACAGAACAAGCAAGGGUGAGGGACACUGCUGCAUACAUGGCCCGCAGGGAUUUGUUCACCACUGGUCUGGAGAUGGAGAGGUCAGAGCAGUUCUCCAGGAAGGAGGCCAUGCGCGAGUCAGCUGAACGCAUCUCUCUGAACAAAAGGAUCCAUGAACACGAGGAACACUUCAAGCGCAUGAACGAAGACAGCCUGAUGCACGCCCCGGAGUUUGUGAUUAAACCUCGCUCCCACACUGUGUGGGAGAAGCAGUGUGUGCGGCUGCAUUGCACUGUCAGUGGCUGGCCUGACCCACGGGUCAUCUGGUACAAAAACAAUGUGGCAAUUGACCCCCUUGCCAACCCUGGCAAGUAUAAACUUGAGAGCAGAUACAGCGUGCACUCACUGGAGAUUAACAGAUGUGAUUUUGAUGACACGGCGCAGUAUCGCGUCUCUGCCAUGAACUCCAAGGGAGAGCUGUCUGCUUUUGCCUCCGUCGUCGUCAAGAGGUUCAAAGGUGAAGUUGAUGAGUCCCUGCCAGAACCCAGACAUGGCCCAGUGUCUGAGUAUGGCAUCAACUUCCAGACUCACAUUGUUGAUAAGUUUGGCGUGUCAUUUGGAAGAGAGGGGGAGACCAUGAGUCUAGGUUGUACGGUCAUCAUCUACCCUGCCCUGCACCGCUACCAGCCAGAGGUCCAGUGGUACAGAGAUGAUGUUCUCCUGUCUCCAUCUAAAUGGUACCACAUGCACUGGAGCGGAGACCGAGCCACGCUGACACUCACACACCUCAACAAAGAGGACGAGGGUCUCUACACCCUGCGCGUCACCACCAAGUCUGGAUAUGAAACCUACUCGGCCUAUGUCUUUGUCAGAGAUGCUGAUGCUGAGGUUGAAGGAGCUCCAGGUGCCCCUCUGGAUGUUCGCUGUCUGGAUGCCAACAAGGACUACAUUAUUGUCACUUGGAAGCAGCCAGCUGUUGAUGGUGGCAACUCUAUCCUGGGCUACUUUGUGGACAGGUGUGAGGUUGGAACCACCCACUGGAUCCAGUGCAAUGACACUCCAGUCAAGUUUGCCCGUUUCCCUGUGACUGGCUUGGUGGAAGGCCGCUCUUAUAUCUUCCGUGUGCGUGCUGUCAACAAGAGUGGCAUGAGCCGCCCGUCCAGAGUGUCUGAACCCGUGGCUGCGAUGGACCCAGCUGACCGCGCCCGCAUGAGAGGUACUUCUGCGCCCUGGACUGGCCAAAUCAUUGUCACAGAGGAGGAGCCUGCAGAGGGCAUUGUUCCUGGCAGACCUCUUGAACUUCAGGUGACAGAGGCCACCAAGAACUAUGUGGUGCUGAGCUGGAAGCCACCUGGAGAGAAAGGCCUGGAGGGUGUCAUGUACUAUGUGGAAAAGUGUGUCGCGGGCACAGACAGCUGGCAGAGGGUGAACACAGAGAUCCCAGUCAAGUCUCCUCGCUUUGCACUGUUUGAUCUCGCUGAGGGGAAGUCUUACAGCUUCCGUGUCCGCUGCUGCAACUCUGCCGGCGUCGGUGAACCCUCUGACCCGACUGAGGCCACCACAGUCGGCGACAAGCUUGAUAUCCCAUCUGCCCCGGGAAAGGUUGUUCCCACUAGAAACACAGACACAUCAGUUGUUGUGUCCUGGGAAGCUUCCCGUGAUGUUAAAGAGUUGAUUGGAUACUACAUCGAGGGGAGUAUUGUGGGCAGCAACGUGUGGGAGCCGUGCAACAACAAGCCUGUAAAUGGUACCAGGUUCAUCUGCCACGGCCUGAUGACAGGAGAGAAGUACGUGUUCAGGGUGAGGGCAGUGAACGCAGCAGGGCUCAGCCAAUUCUCCGCGGAGUCUGAGCCUGUGGAGGUGAAGGCUGCUAUUGCCUCUCCUGCUCCACCCUAUGGCAUCACCAUCCUGGAGUGCGUUCGCGACUCCAUGGUGCUGGCCUGGAAACAGCCGACCUUCAUUGGCGGCGCUGACAUCACUGGCUACUUUGUGGAUUACCGUGAGGUCAUUGAUGGCGUGCCGGGGAAAUGGCACGAGGCCAACAUCAAGGCUGUCAGUGAGAGAGCCUACAGAGUGUCUGACCUGAAGGAGAACAGGAAGUACCAGUUCCAGGUGCGAGCAGCCAACAUGGCAGGUGUUGGCAUCCCAUCACUGCCCAGUGACACCUUCCUGUGUGAGGAGUGGACCAUCGCUGUGCCAGGACCUCCUCAUGACCUGCAGAUAAGAGAGGUGCGAAGUGACUCUCUGAUGUUGCUAUGGAAACCGCCUGUAUACCAGGGCCGCGACCCAGUCAAUGGGUUCUACAUUGACAUCAAGGAAGCGGAUGCGCCGGAGGAGGCGUGGAGAGGAGUCAACAACAAAGCCACAGAGAAGGCGUACAUGAAGAUUAAGAACCUGAUGGAAGGAGAGACGUAUGUGUUCCGCGUUCGUGCUCAGAAUAAAGCCGGUGUUGGGAAAACCUCAGAUGUGACAGAGCCAGUCCCAGCUCUGACCAAACCAGGCACCAAGGAGAUCGUGGUGGAUGUUGAUGAUGAUGGUGUUGUCUCCCUGAACUUUGAAUGCUGUGACCUGACCCCUGACUCCAAAUUUGUGUGGUCCAAGAAUUAUGAGGAAAUCACAGACACCUCCCACUUGAGUAUAGAGACCAAGGGAAACAAGUCCAAAGCUGUUUUCAGCGCUCUUGGGGAGGAUGACAUUGGCAUUUACUCCUGUAUUGUCACCCACACUGAUGGUGCUUCAGCCGGCUACGACCUCUCUGCAGAAGAGUUGAAGAAGCUGCUGGAAAUCAGUCACAACCACAAAUUCCCCAUUAUUCCCCUGAAGUCAGAGUUGGCUGUUGAGCUGAUGGAGAAGGGCAGAGUUCGCUUUUGGCUGCAGGCGGAGAAGAUUUCAGCAAAUGGCAAAGUUGAUUACGUGUUCAAUGAUAAUGUUCUCUCUCAGGGGGAGAAAUAUAAGAUGAACUUUGACAAGAACACUGGUGUGAUUGAGAUGAUCAUGGAGUCUCUGACCCCGGCAGAUGAGGGCACCUUCACCUUCCAGCUGCAGGAUGGGAAAGCAACCAACCAGUCCAGCUUGGUACUGAUAGGAGAUGUAUUCAAGGAGCUGCAGAAGGAAUCAGAGUUCCAGAAGAAAGAGUUUCUCAGAAAGCAAGGUCCUCACUUUAUCGAGUAUUUGAGUUACGAGGUGACUCCAGAGUGCUGUGUUAUACUGAAAUGCAAGGUUGGCAACAUAAAGAAGGAAACCUCUGCGCUGUGGUACAAAGAUGGACGUGAGAUCAAAGCAGACGAGCACCUGGGCUUCACCGAGGGCGUGCUGAAACUGGAAAUAGCUCAGAUUUCCAAGAAGGACUCUGGUGUGUAUGAGGUUGUUCUGAAGGAUGACAGAGGAAAGGACACUUCCAAAUUGAAUCUGACAGACCAAGGAUUCAAGGAUUUGAUGAAUGAAGUUUUCAGUUUUAUCGCCAAUUCCUCCACUCCACUGAAGAUCACAAGCACAGAUCAGGGCAUCCGACUCUACACCUUUGUCAGCUACUACAACGAUUUACUCCAAGUAACAUGGCACUACAAAGAUUCAGCCAUCGCCUUCUCUGACCGUAUAAAGAGCGGUGUGGUGGGAGAGCAGCUGUGGCUGCAGAUCACAGAGCCCACAGAGAAAGACAUGGGCAAAUAUGCCAUCGAGUUCAAUGACGGAAAGGGCGGCCUGAGGAGAACUGUGGAGCUGUGUGGUCAAGCAUUUGAUGAUGCUUUUGCAGAAUUUCAGAGACUCAAAGCUGCUGCUGUUGCAGAGAGAAACCGUGCUCGAGUGGCAGGAGGCCUGCCUGACGUGGUCACCAUCCAGGAGGGCAAGGCCCUCAAUCUCACCUGCAACAUUUCGGGCGACCCCGUGCCAGAGGUCACCUGGCUGAAGAACGACAGGGAGAUCACGUCCGACAACCACUGCAUCCUGAAGUUUGAGUCAGGCAAGUUCGCCAGCUUCCACAUCACCGACGUGAACACAUCGGACUCUGGCAAAUACAGCAUCCUGGUGAAGAACAAGUACGGCACAGAGAGCGGAGACUUCACCGUAAGUGUCUUCAUCCCUGAAGAGGCGGGCGGCAAGAAAAAAUAAAAGCGGUCCAAAUCUUGUCGUAAAUAUGUAUAAAAGAAAAAAACUGGAAGCAGUUAAAGAAAAGAAAAUGUUGAGGAUGUGUUAGAUGUUUGUGUAGAAUAUAAAUUAACUCUAUAGAGGUGCUAAAUCUGAACAUGAAACAUCCAACAGUUCAGAGAGAAAUCCAGAGAUUUGGUCCAAUAGUAACAAAUCUGACUGAACAGAAAAAGGUAUUUGGGACAUUCUGCCCACUCAAAAAUAUUAUGGUGCAAUUUUAGUUUCUGUUUGUGUAAAGUUGUGGCAUGCAGAGAGACAUGUUAGGAUUCAUUUUGCUCUGUUUGCUGUAGAGGAAAUGGAACAUUAGUUAACAAAAGAAGGCCAAAGACAAUGGUUAAAGACAUGUUGUGUUGAUAGGAUGCAACACUAAGUCAAAGAAAAGAAAUCAUUAAGUUAGUAGAAUGUCUAUUAAAAAGCCAUAUGGAUGUUUUUACAUGAUUUAUCCCAUUUGCCACAAAUGUGGCCUUCACUGGCAGCCGUUUUUAAAAGCACACACAACCUGUUAGUUGUAGUUCAUCUCAUCAAAAUAUGGCAAACAUCUUGCUUGAGCACUGAUUAGUCUUUGUAAUCAUUAUGGCAUGUAGUAAGUCUUCAGGACGGUGCAUUCAAGUGCUGCUGAGUUCUUAGAUGAAGAAGUGAAGAAAAUUUGCUGCAAAUCGGCUAAAAUUUGGUCCUUUAAUGAAAGGUGCCAUUUCAUUCAGUCCUGUUUUAUUUAUUGUUUCAUUUUAUUCACAAUCACUUUGAAUGUUGCGAUCGUAACGUCACUUCCAUUGUAUCCCUGUCUGUUAGUGAACACUGUAUGUCAGCCCACUGUCUACUCAUUCUUAUUGAUGUUAUUCACCACUGUUACGACAUCCCCUCCACAGUCCACCAUUAAUGAUUAUGAUGUCUCCUUUGCUGGUAAUGAUACCACUGUAAGACUGAAACCACUGUUAAUACCAAACAGUAGUGAUUAUUGCUUCACUUCCUAUUCCCCUGUUUCUUGAUGAGACUAAUAAAAAUGAGCAUGUACUUCCCCA